CAGAAGCCCAGGGACCGGGACCUGAGCAGGAGAUGGUUCGCACCAUGCCGGGGGCUCUGUAUCCCAGAGCUGGGCUCAGCCUCUUCCUCCUCUACCUCGUCCUGGCAGCUGUGCUCCUCCGCCCCCAGCCCCUGAGGCCUCAGCGAUCUGUUCCUGAAGAAUUUUCAGCCCCUCUGGAACUCUCGCAGCCACUUUCCGGCCUAGUGGAUGACUAUGGGGUUCGACCCAAGCACCCCUGGCCACGAGGGCCUCGACCCCUCCUCUCCCGGGCCCAGCAGCGCAAGCGGGAUGGGCCAGACAUGGCUGAGUAUUACUACAAUGCACACCUGUGACAGCCCCUUAUAAAGCUAUUCUGUGCAGCAAAGGCUUGGGUGUUCCUGGCAUGGAC